CUGUUUGCUUGAGGCUUCCAUGGAUUCCACGAUUUCGAUAUAGUCGAGCCAUAAAAGUGGCUGUUUUCCCUCCGCGAAUCCUGCGGACUGUGGCUGGUGCGACCUGUGAUGCGGCGACCGUUCCCGAUUAGGCAAUGCACGAUGCCCGUUCGCCCACUUCAACAUGCGAGCGGGCGAACGCUCGAGUGAACAUGCCAUCCCUAGCCACAGUUACUGUUUGCAAAGAUGGCUUAUGCUUUUACAUUCACAUUCGCAUCUUCCUACCCCUGCUAUAUAAUGCCUUUAAAUGUUACCGUCUACAACUCUCGACCAUCGUCUUGCCCUCACUACCACGACGGCCACAAAUAUCAACCUACUUUUUACAUAAAAGAAAAACACUGAAAAAAUCGACGAGGAUUGCAACACAAUGCCCAGCGCGUAAGUUUACGGGAGGAAAUAAGGAUACAAGUCAUUUACACCACCUCGAACCGAUUCUGACUUUCCUCUGUUUCAUUAGCUUAUCUAGUCGGACGCAGCACCAUUGUCCCGGUGCGAAUGGGCGGGAUGGCUCCUGUGUGAUGGUUGACAUUCCCGUAGGCCAGGGCCAGAAAAAGCUCGCUCCCUACUGCUCCACCCAUCAAUGGUUGUGCCAAAAACACCUCCUCAAGCAGCUCAAAGGCGAAGAUUGCAACAAGUGCAAGGGGAAUGAAAACCGCGGAAACCUCCUUGCACAGCAAGCCAAAGACGCCGAGAAGGCUAAGGCGGAUGCUGCUAAGGCUAAGACGGAUGCUGCUAAGGCUAAGACGGAUGCUUACAAGAAGGAUCGUAAACCACGCUCAACUCCUCACAACAAGAAGGACGAUCAGCGGGAUGGUGCUCCGGGAACUGCUUAGGCCGCCCUGCCUCUCGGCCACCGGAGAGUCUCCGGUA